AUGGAUACUGUAGCAUCUGUGUGGGCCCAACCCGGCCCGGCAUUUCGGGCCAUGCUCCUUCAGGCCCAACGUCCCGGCACAGUCCGGCCCAAAAAGGGCCUAGGCCAUGCCAAGCCGAGAAGAGGCCCGCAGCCCUGCACGGCACGGCCUAGCUGGGCCAACAUGGCCAAGGAGCUCUCGUCCCAAGUCUCGACCGUUGGCCCACACUUCCUCCUCCACGUGGGGCGCGCAGGCACGUGCUGGCCCGGCUUCAGCCUCGACCCCUGCGACACCCGCGCCGCCGGCGACUUCGGCCGGCUCUCGUCCCGGCCCGAGCCCGGCCGCCUCCUCCGGCCCGGCUCGGCCGACGUCGCCCGCCUCCUCCGCUCCGCCUUCGACUCCGCCCCGGCCCGGCCCGCCCCCGUCUCCGCCCGCGGCCACGGCCACUCCGCCCACGGCCAGGCCCUCGCCCCCGGCGGCGUCGUCGUCGACAUGGCCCACCGGUCAGCCUCCACCGCCCCCCCCGGCCCGGCCUUCGACCCCGGUCUGGGCGGGCACUACGUCGACGUCUGGGCCGGGGAGCUGUGGGUCGACGUGCUGAACCGGACCCUCGAGCACGGCGGCCUCGCCCCCAAGUCCUGGACCGACUACCUCUACCUCUCCGUCGGCGGCACCCUCUCCAACGCCGGCAUCAGCGGCCAGGCCUUCCGCCACGGCCCCCAGAUUAGCAACGUCUACGACCUCGACGUCGUCACCGGGAAGGGGGAGAUUGUGACGUGCUCGGAGAAACAGAAUGCGGAGCUGUUUCAUGCAGUUCUCGGCGGGCUGGGGCAGUUUGGGAUCAUCACACGGGCGAGGAUCGCGCUAGAGCGCGCGCCGACGAGAGUACGAUGGAUCCGGGUGCUCUACUCCAACUUCACGGCGUUCACCAGGGACCAGGAGCACCUCAUCUCCCUCCACGCCGCCGCCGCGAGCGGGCGGUUUGACUACGUCGAGGGGUUCGUCAUCGUCGACGAGGGCCUCAUCAACAACUGGCGCUCGUCCUUCUUCUCCCCGCGCAACCCCGUCAAGAUCACCUCCCUCGCCGGCGGCAACGGCGUCCUCUACUGCCUUGAGGUGACCAAGAACUACGACGAGUCCACCGCCGGAUCCGUCGAUCAGGAAGUGGAGGCUCUGCUGAAGCAGCUGGAGUUCGUGCCGGGGACGGUGUUCACGACGGACGUGCCGUACGUGGACUUCCUGGACCGGGUGCACAAGGCGGAGCUGAAGCUGCGGGCGAAGGGGCUGUGGGACGUGCCGCACCCGUGGCUCAACCUCUUCGUGCCGGCGUCCCGGAUCGCCGACUUCGACCGCGGCGUCUUCCGCGGCAUCCUCGGCGCCAACAAGACCAGCGGCCCCAUCCUCAUCUACCCCAUGAACAAGCACAAGUGGGACGAGAGGAGCUCGGCGGUGAUGCCGGACGAGGACGUGUUCUACCUGGUGGCGUUUCUGCGGUCGGCCUUGCCCGACUCGGGUGAGCCGACGCAGAGCCUCGAGCACCUGACCCGACAAAACCAACAAAUACUCGACUUCUGCGACGAGUCGGGGAUCGGCGCCAAGCAGUACCUGCCGCACCACAAGACCCGGGCCGAGUGGGCUCGCCAUUUCGGGUCCCAGUGGGAGACGUUCCUUCGGCGCAAGUCCGAGUUCGACCCGAAGUUCAUACUCGGAUCGGGUCAAGGCAUCUUUCAACCCGUUCCCUCUACCUCCUCUUCUCAUUUGUUUCCCUCAUGAGAUGGCAUGUGAUGAAUAGGAAGAGGAAUUCUUUGUGUGAGAAAAGAAAAAGAGAGAGAGAGAGAGAGAGAGAGAGAAAAUCAUGGGGAAAAAAGGGAGAACAAGUUGCAAAAUUAAAGGGUUAUAACUCAAAAGGUGCGAAAAGAUGAUGGGUAAGAUAGAGAGAAUUUUACAUUGAUAGCUUACAUACUAUUUGUUGUGAUGUAAUAUAGAAGCUCUUGUUUUUUGUGUAUAUAAAAGGGUUAAAGUUUCAUGGUUAUAUAGAUAGAUUCCUAAUGUUUACUUC